AUGGGGUACGGUGCACCCAAGCUCCUCUUCGUCGCCGCCCUUGCGGUCAACUGCAUCCUGUGGUCGCAUAGUCGCUACGGCCAAGUCUACUCCGUCCGCACGCAGCCCGUAGCACUUGCGAAACGGAGUCUGCUUGAUGUGGUGUAUGUCAACGGGACCUAUCCAGAGGUGUUGGGGGGAAAGGGGGAGGACGACGACACAUGCUUCCCGAUUACCGUGCCCGUGAAGGACCAAUGCGCACAUAUUAUCGACUCAUGUCCUGACACCCGGACAUUCCUGUCGAUACCCUACCUGAAAUCCUAUUUCUGCACCGAUGUCUCUCUCCGCUCGCUGCUCUUCUCCGCAUACAUAGUCUGGCUCGUCUUCCUAUUCUCGACGCUGGGUAUCAGUGCCUCCGACUUCUUCUGUCCUAACCUCGCCACACUUGCGCAGCUGCUGGGCCUGGAUGAGAACAUGGCUGGCGUUACCUUCCUUGCGUUCGGCAAUGGAAGUCCAGACGUUUUCGCCACAUUCUCCGCUAUGAAGGCGAACUCUGGCGGCCUGGCGAUCGGCGAGCUGCUCGGCGCUGCGACAUUUGUGGUCUCGUGCGUCGCUGGCUCCCUGUGCAUCAUCAAGCCCUUCAAAGUAAUGCCCUACCGCUUCUUUCGCGAUGUCGGGUUCUUCACAGUAGCCGUCACCAUACUGCUGGUGGUGCUGUGGGAUAGCGAAUUGGAGGCUUGGGAGGCAGCUGCGCUCAUAGCCCUGUAUCUGCUGUAUGUUGCUGUCGUCGUUGGCGGGAGCUUCUGGGAGAAGCGGAUGGAGCGCAGACGGCGACACGAGGAACUCAUGCGGGACGAGUUCAGGGAGGAAGCGAUCAUACACGCCCCGUAUCAUGAUGAGGAGCCAUACAGAGACGAGCCAUCCCCUAUUCCUACCGCCUCGUCAACACUUCAAGUCCCCACACCACGGCGAGCGCGUGCUAUCUCGCAUCCCGGGCCUCCUCGCUUAGGCCUGCAAACCGAACUCCCUCAAAGACCUCAGACACGUUCACCUUCUCCGCAAUCCAGCCCUCACAUCAGCACCAUGCCGUCUUUCUCCCUGGUCGGAGCUCUUGAGUUCCGCCGUAUCGUCUCGUCGCUUCAGCAAGAAGCAGCAGGGUCCACCCUCAACGUCUUCGACACACCAUCGCCCUAUCCAGGCGGUCACUAUCACUACCAUAGCCGCUCACGUUCGCGGUCACGCACUCCUGGAUCGGAGGUCCAAGACCCAUGGGACGCAGCCCUUGGGGUGCCCUUGAACGAACGCUCACCACCACAAGUUAUUGCACUACCUCCAGAGUCGACAGAGGAGGGGCCACCUAUACCAGUCAUCUCCCAUACCCCCGCAUCCCCUGUCGUCUCUGAGACCGACACGGAUGUGCAGUCUCAGCGCUAUGCGCAACCCUCGCGGAGACAGUGGGUCAAGCGAGUCCUUGGGCACGCCUUCCACCUAAUCUUCCCUACACUACACGGCUUCCGCACGAAGCCGUUCAUGGGCAAGAUCGCUGCCGUGCUUGCCGCGCCGGCCGUGAUGUUCCUCACCCUGACAUUGCCUGUCGUGGUGACGGCGUACAACGACGUCGGACGGGAACGCGAGAAGCACCAUGACCGGGGCGUCAUAGACAUCGGCGACAGCCGUCUCGUGGACUUUGAGGAGGAAGGCAUCGAGCGCACGCUGAUCGCGGAGGAGGAGGUCGCGGAGGAGAUGCAUGAGCUGAAGUUCAACAAGUGGCUUAUGGCCGUGCAGUGUACACUGGGACCCCUGUUCAGUGCUGCCAUCUUGUUCGAUGGGACAACACACGAACCAUGGCUGCUAUUGGCCACUGGCGUGGCUGGGUUUACCGUCGGUAUCCUUGUGCUCGUCUUUUCGGACAAGGGCUCGCAUCCAACAGCAUUGCUUGCUCGUUGUAUCAUGGGCUUCAUGGUCGCUGUAGUCUGGAUCAUGGCAAUAGCGGACGAAGUGGUAGAAGUGCUGACGACAUUCGGGUUCAUCUUUGGUCUCUCCGACGCCAUCAUUGGGCUAACCAUAUUCGCCGUCGGAAACUCACUCGCUGACCUCGUGGCGAACAUGAGUGUUGCUGUAUUCGCCCCAAUCAUGGGUUUCUCCGCAUGCUUUGGCGGACCCAUGCUCAACAUCCUACUCGGUAUCGGCAUCUCCGGUUCCUACAUCAUCCGCCAAACCGCCGAGCCAUACUACCUACAUUUCUCCACGACGCUCGUCGUCACCGGCUGCGGACUGCUCGCCCUCCUGCUCGCGACGCUCGUCUUCGUCCCGCUAAACGGCUACUUCCUGCCGCGCGGCUGGGGCGUCGCACUGAUUAUCGCAUACACGCUGAUCAUGAUCACGAACAUCAUCGUGGAGGUCAAGAGCAAGAGCUGA